ACUAACCCCUUCUCCUCCCGCUCCCUGCAGGGCCGUGGCUGUGACCACUAUGGCAUCUACCACACCAGCCCCACGCUGGGCAGCCUGGCCAAGCCCGUGGUGCUCUGGACCCAGCAGGAUGUGUGCAAAUGGCUGAAGAAGCACUGCCCACACAACUAUCUCAUCUACGUCGAGGCGUUCGCCCACCACGCCAUCACAGGUCGGGCGCUGCUGCGGCUGAACGGGGAGAAGCUGCAGCGCAUGGGCAUCGCUCACGAGGCGCAGCGGCAGGAGGUCCUGCAGCAGGUCCUGCAGCUCCAGGUGCGCGAGGAGGUCCGAAACCUGCAGCUGCUCAGCCAAGCUUCUUUUGGCAAUGUCUCCUAGCUGAUCCGUCUGUUUGGCAGAUUGUACCAACACUGUGAACCCAGCACCUCUGGGAUGGGCUGUGCACCGCCGAUACGAGACCUGACCCGCAC